AUGGCUUCACGGCCGGAACUCAAAGUCGAUGACGAAAAUGGCUUCAUCUCGACGUUUAAUAGAUUACCCGCCAAAGACAGUAACACAAUCCGAGUUUUCGAACGUUCUGAUUUCUACACCGUUCAUGGUGAAGAUGCUCAAUUCGUAGCUCAACAUGUCUACAAAACCAACUCGGUCCUAAAAUCCCUAGGAGGUGGAAAAUCCACCCUACAAUCCUGCACACUCUCCGUCACCGUUUUCCGUAAUUUCCUCCGCGAGGCUCUUUUCCAACAGGGUAAAAAGAUUGAAAUCUGGGGGUCUCAAAAGGGGAGAAAUAGCUGGGAGAUAAUCAAACAAGCCUCUCCUGGGAAUUUACAGGAUGUGGAGGAGGAUAUAGCUGGACAAUUAGAUUCGAGUCCUAUUGUUCUUGCUGUUAAAGUUUCGGCGAAGGUUGACCAGAGGGUUGUUGGGGUGGCCUUUGCGGAUGCUAGUGUUAGGGAGUUGGGGGUUAGUGAGUUUGUGGAUAAUGAUUUGUAUUCGAAUUUUGAGUCUCUAUUGAUCCAACUAGGAGUCAAAGAAUGCAUCAUCCAAACCAACGACUCCAAAAAGGACGUUGAAAAUACAAAGCUCCGCUCGAUAAUAGACCGCUGCGGCGUCGUCAUCACGGACAAGAAAUCCUCAGACUUCGCGGGGAAGGAUGUGGAACAAGAUCUUACCCGUUUACUCAAGGACGACGUUGCAGUCGGAUCUCUCCCGCAAGCCGAUCUCAAAGUCGCCAUGUGCGCCGCAUCUGCCUUGAUUAGAUAUCUUGGAUUGAUGUCGGACCAGCUGAAUUUCGGACAGUAUAGACUAUACCAGCACGAUUUGGCGGAGUACAUGAAACUCGAUGCUUCGGCGCUGAAGGCGUUAAAUUUGAUGCCUGGACCAAGAGAUGGGUCGAAGAAUAUGUCCGUCUAUGGGCUAUUGAAUAAAUGCAAGACGGCGGUGGGGACUAGAUUACUAGCACAAUGGUUAAAACAGCCGUUGAUGUCGUUGGAAGAAAUCGAGAAGCGACAUUUACUGGUUGAAGCCUUUGUAGAGGAUACGGAGUUACGACAGACUAUGCAAGAGGAGCAUUUGAGGUCUGUACCGGACCUGUACCGUCUUGCGAAGAAGUUUCAAAGGAAUAUGGCGAAUUUGGAGGAUGUGGUUAGGGCUUAUAUGCUAGUUAUUAAGCUACCUGGAUUCAUUGGAACGUUGGAAGGGGUUAUGGAUGAGAAAUAUAAGGAUCCUUUAGAUGAGGUUUACACGAGGAAGUUGAGGGAGUUUCAGGUGCAGUUGGCCAAAUUGGAGGAGAUGGUCGAGACGACGGUCGAUCUGGAGGCAUUGGAGAACCAUGAGUAUAUUAUCAAACCGGAGUUUGAUGAUAGCUUGAAGACUAUCAGGACGAAAUUGGAUAGUCUACAGAGGGAUUUAGGGAAAGAGCAUAGGAGUGUUAGUAAUGAUUUGGGACAGGAGAUGGAUAAGAAGUUGUUCUUGGAGAAUCAUAGGGUUCAUGGGUGGUGUUUCCGGCUUACAAGAAAUGAAGCUGGCUCUAUCCGGAAUAACCGCCAUUACAGAGAAAUCUCCACCCAAAAGAACGGCGUCUACUUCACCACCGACAAACUCUCGUCCCUCCGCCGCGAUUUCGACCAAUACACCCAAAACUACAACCGUACACAAACCGGUCUGGUCCAAGAGGUCGUCAACGUCGCAUCCUCUUACUGUCCCGUAUUCGAAAACCUCGCCGCCGUCCUCGCACACCUUGACGUUAUCGUCAGCUUCGCACAUGUAUCAGUCCACGCUCCAUCACCAUACGUCCGUCCUACAAUGCACCCUCGCGGGGAAGGUAACACAAUUCUCAAGGAAGCUCGACACCCUUGUAUGGAAAUGCAAGAUGAUAUUCAAUUCAUCACCAACGACGUGGAACUCAUUCGGGACUCCAGUGAAUUCCUAAUUAUCACGGGACCAAACAUGGGAGGUAAAUCGACGUAUAUCCGACAAAUCGGGGUGAUAGCGUUAAUGGCACAAGCCGGGUGUUUCGUACCAUGUUCCGAAGCGGAACUUACGAUAUUCGAUUGUAUACUUGCACGUGUGGGGGCGAGUGAUAGUCAACUUAAGGGUGUUAGUACCUUCAUGGCGGAGAUGUUGGAAACGGCAACGAUAUUGAAGAGUGCUACGAGGGAGAGUUUGAUUAUUAUUGAUGAGUUGGGGAGGGGGACGAGUACCUACGAUGGGUUUGGACUCGCGUGGGCUAUUAGCGAGUAUAUCGUAAAACAGAUCAAAUGUUUUGCGAUGUUUGCUACGCAUUUUCAUGAAUUGACGGCGUUGGUUGAGGAAUACCCUGUUGUUAAAAACCUACAUGUGGUGGCACACGUUGGAGAUAAAAACGGAAACGACGGGGAGAGGAAAAGGGAGGUUACUUUGUUGUAUAAAGUCUCCGAGGGGGUGUGUGAUCAAAGUUUUGGAAUUCACGUGGCGGAGUUGGUGAGGUUCCCGCAGAAGGUUGUGAAUAUGGCGAAGAGGAAAGCGGAUGAGUUGGAGGAUUUUAAGGGGAAGCAUGAUAGAGAUGCUAUGAAUGAUAGGUUUUCGAAGGAAGAAGUGGCGGAGGGGAGUAGAUUGUUGAAGGAGUUGUUGAUCGAAUGGAAGAAGAAGGUUGAAAGUAAUGGUGAAAAGAUGGAGGCGGCGGAGAUGACGAAGGUUAUGAAGGGACUUGUGGAAGGGGAAUGGAAGGAACGGUUGGAAGGGAAUGCGUGGGUUAUGCAGAGCGUUAGGACUUUGUAG